AUGAAAAUGGAGGAGCGAGACUCUUGUGCACAAGAAGAGGGCACAGACGGGACAGGAGAAGCCCCUCAGACCCUCCAAGAUGUAGCGGGAAGCAAACCCAGGGUGGCCUUGGAAGAAGACAGAAAACCCACGGAAGCGAUACAGUUGGGGGGUCCCGUGGGGUCCCUCAGAAAGGUGCAGGUGAAAGAGGAACCAGAAGAAGGCACGGCCCGUCGCUGGGAAGCCCAGUGGCAGGAGUUCCUGAAGGCGGUGGAGCCCCCUCCCUCGAGGCUGGCCUUCCCUCAGGGUCCAGAGGAGCCUGCUCCGUGGGGUGAUGCCAAGGCCUUCCUGGCCUCCUUUGAGCAAGUGGCCGAAGCCUGCAGGUGGCCCAGGGAGGAGUGGGCGGCUCACCUCCAGCCAGCUCUCAGCGGAGAAGCCGAGGUGGCCUUUCACAAGCUGGAGCCCAGAGACAGGGAGCAUUACGGGAAGGUGAAGACAGCCAUUUUGCGAGGAGACGCCAUCAGCAGGGAGAGGCAUCGGCAGCACUUCCGGCGUCUCUGCUAUGGGGAGGCCGAGGGACCCAGAGCCCUUUACAGCCAGCUGCAGGCGCUUUGCUGUCGGUGGCUGAAAGUUGAGAGGCACACCAAGGAGCAGAUCCUCGAGCUGCUGAUCCUCGAGCAGUUCCUCGCUGUCCUGCCCGCGGAGAUCCAGAGUUGGGUGCGGGAACGUGGUCCGGAGACGUGCUCUCAGGCUGUUGCCCUGGUGGAGGAUUUCCUUCUGAGGCGGCAGGAGGCAGAAAGAGAAAAAAGCCAGGUGGUGCUGGAGCAGGUGGUGGAGCAGUUCUCUGAGGCGGCGUGUCCUCCAUCGCAUUUUGAGCAGCGGCAGCUGUACCCAGAGACCAAGCAGGAAGGUGAUGGGGAGGAGACAAGCCUGCUGGGCGAAGGGUGGAUGACCAUACCUGAGAGGGAGGAUUAUGCGCCAGAAGACUCUGAGCAAGUGGGGCCAUGUGGGGUGUCGCUGUGGAAAGCAGAAGAAAUUGUGGCCCACUGUUGUGAGCCGGAAAACCCCUCAGUGAGUCCAGAGAGACUUAAAGUUACCCAGCGAGCCCAACUGUGCCGUGAAACAGACAGAUCCGAUCCUUAUGGGGGAGAUUACAAAACGCUCAUUAUAACCACAGUCCAUUCAGGAAUUGACACUGCUGGUAAGAAACGAAAAGCCGGCAAAGCUUAUGCGAAAAGUUUCAGUCAGAAUUCCAGUGUCCUUAAGAGCCACCGUGCUGGAGGCAAAGCCCACAAAUGUUUGGCUUGUGGGAAAUGCUUUCUCUCCAGCUCAAAGCUUAUAAUUCACCAGAGGACUCACACUGGAGAGAAGCCAUACGAAUGCUCAGACUGUGGGAAAACGUUCCGCUCCAGUUCGGUGCUUUACCGUCACCAGAGAAUCCACACUGGAGAGAAGCCUCACGAAUGUCCGGUUUGCGGAAGGAGAUUCAGCAGCAAUUCCAAUCUGAAUCGGCAUCAGAGAAUCCACACAGGGGAGAAGCCGUAUGAAUGUUCAAACUGUGGUAAAAGCUUUAUUCAGAGAGCGAACCUGAACAAACAUCACAAAAUCCACAUCGGGGAUGGGAAAAGCGGGGAAAGUUUCAGCUUGAGCUGA